AUGGUAAAUUUGAGGAUCUUCAAGAAUUUAUCAACGAGCAACUACAAACCCAGACAAAGUGGUCGUCGCCAGGAGGCAACUCAAGGCUUUUCGAGAACGAAGCGGUCAAAAUUAGAUGGUAUGCGAAUACGUCCUCGCUUACUAUAUAAAGGAAUUGAUUGUGAACAGCUGAAGGACAAAUUGCGAGCAAUUGCUAGGACAGAGUCUGAUGAAGAUGAUGGUAUAUCGUUGAUCGACAAAAACAACCUCGACAUUGGCAUACAUAAUGAAGUCGAAAGGUCAAUCAUUAUUGAAGGCGAAGACUUCGAAGGCUCUCAAGUAAUUGACUUAUCAACGCAACCAAAUCAAAUUUUAAUCUGCAGUGAACUUGUAGAGAAAAUAAAGGACUUGGAACUGGACUUUAACGUCAAAAUCAGUGCGUUAACGCAAGAAGUAUCUAGUAUACAAAAUAAACGGAAGGCGUAUGCUAACGAGUCGCUCCUCCACGAAAAUCGAGCAUUAAAGGAUGAAAACAAAUCUCUGCUGCAAAAGGUCGCUAACUUGUCCUUCAUAGUAUCCGAUUUAAACACCAAACUUAAAGAAUCUGAAAAUGAAAAACAGUCUUUAGUCACAGUUCUUAAGUUGGUGAAUCUAGACCAAAGUACCCACGAUCAAAAUUCUCAUGGGACCUGGAAAACGCAGUGCAGAAGCAUGAAUAAAGAUCAGCAUUUGUCUACUCGUAGUCAAGAUAGUGAAGUUGUUACGAGAAACGCGUUUGAUGUCCUGAGUGAUACGGGCGGCAAUGAAACCAACAUUUAUGAUUAUGACGACGAUAGAAGCAAAGUCGAUGACCCCAGCUCUAUAGCUACUUCGCAACGAGAAUCCCAACGAUCGAUCGCAGACAAUGAGGCCUCAAAUAGCAGACCUGCCAACAAGUCAACUAAGCAUAAACAAAAGCGGCAUGCUAAUGGAUCAAGUGAUCAGCACAAUGCAAAAGAUGGCAAAAAGAAAUUAGUCUUUAUUGCCGGGGACUCUAUUGUUCAGAAUGCGCAUGGCUGGGAGAUGUCAAAUACCGACAGAACUGUUGCCGUAAAAUCUUUCUCAGGAAGCAAAGUCAAUGAUAUGCAAGACUAUUUGAAACCAUUGCUUCGUCGCAACCCACAUCAAAUAAUUCUCCACGUUGGUACAAACGACAUUAAGUCAGAGAAAUCUCCCGACCAGUUGGUAGAAGGUAUUGUGAAAUUAGUUAGUCAAGUGCGAGAAAAAUCUGCACAUAUCAAAGUAGCCAUCUCGGCUCUUACCAUCAGAAAAGAUGGUCAUCUAAUUCAAACAAAAGUUAAUCAAACAAACAAUUUACUUAAUUCAUUCUGCUCAGAUAAUAAUGUUGACUUUAUUAAUCAUACUAACAUAGAUUUAGAUUGUUUAAAUCGUGGGGGUCUGCACUUGAACCGCAGAGGUAGCACGAUAAUGCAAAGAAACUAUAUGGAUUUUUUAAAUUGACGCGACAUCCGUCAGACUAACUCGGAGGAAAUGUUGUAUACGAAUAGGUUACCAUAUCUUAGGGGUUUCAAGAUGGCAUUACUAAAUAUUGUCAGUUUGUCGAAACACAUUGAUGAAAUUCGCUUAUUGUUAGAAAAUCAGACUUUUGAUAUUCUGGCACUCAAUGAAACAAGACUUCACCCUGAUAUUCCAAGUGAAUUUGUUAAUAUUGACGGAUAUGAUAUAGUUCGCAUGGAUAGGGACAAACACGGUGGCGGUGUCUGUUUUUACAUUAGGCGGACGAUAUCAUAUUUAAAUCGUGGUGAUUUAGUGCCGGAAAAUUUAGAGUCAGUAUGUUUGGAAAUUAACCGGCCCAACUCUCGUUCCUUUAUCGUUUCUACUAUUUAUCGUCCGCCGUCAGCAACCGUCGAAUCUUUCUCACAAAUUGAAUCUUUGCUUAAGAAUGUCGAUAACGAGAAUAAGGAAAUUUACUUAUUAGGAGAUCUAAACUGUAAUCUGUUAGACCAGUCCAACUCUUCUGCUAAACACUUACAUUCUAUCAUGCAACUUUAUCAACUUACACAAGUAAUCGAUAAGCCUACAAGGAUUACGGAAUCGUCUUCUACGUUACUAGACGUUUGUAUUACCUCCUGUCCUGAGCGAAUUGCAUUUCAUGAUGUAAUUCAUAUGGGAGUGAGUGAUCAUAGUUUAAUUUAUGUAGUAAGAAAAAAUUAAUUAAUUCAUAUCUUAAACCUCACGCUAGCAAAAAAGUCGAAUUUCGAAGCUUCAAGCAUUUCAAUGUUGAGAAUUUCAAAGUCGACCUUAUAAAAUUACCGUGGCAUUUAGUUGACAGAGAAUCUGAUAUUGAUAAUAAAUGGGCAUGUUGGAAAAAUCUUUUCAUAACUGUUCUUGAUAAACAUGCCCCGGUUGGGGAAAGACGGGUACGAAAUAAAACAUCUGUGGCAUGGAUUUCUAGGAAUAUCAGAAACAAAAUGUUGGAAAGGGACCGUUUGAAAAGAAAAGCAAUUUUGUCGGAUUUAACUGA